AUGCCUGUCUGCUUACUAGACGGUGUAGCAAUUACUACUGUAGAAGGUAUUGGUAGCACAGAAACAAAAUUGCAUCCGAUCCAGGAACGUAUUGCCAAAGUCCAUGGCACCCAAUGUGGUUAUUGCACCCCUGGUUUUGUCAUGUCCAUGUAUGCUCUGCUACGCAAUAACCCACAGCCAACACCAGAAGAAAUUGAAUUAGCCUUUGAAGGUAAUUUAUGUCGAUGUACGGGCUAUAGACCAAUUUUAGAAGGAUGUAAAACAUUCUGUGGCAAGGAUAUUGUCAGUACAGAGCUGUACAAUCCCCAAGAAUUUUCUUUAUAUGAUCCUUCUCAGGAAUUAAUAUUUCCGCCUGAACUUUUGAUAUUAGGUAAGAAGCCGCCAACAAAUUUAACUAUCUUCGGUAAUAAAGUAACAUGGGUUAGUUCAAUAUCAUUUGAUGAACUAAUAUCAGUAAAGCAGCAAUAUCCCAAUAGUAAAUUAGUUGGUGGUCACCUUGAGAUUGGUAUAAACACAAAAUAUCAUGGUAUAAAUCACUAUGCUUUGAUAUCAACUGCCAACGUCAACGAAUUAAACAAUAUUGAAAAACUAGACGAUGGAGUUUUAGUUGGUUCCUCAGUUACCAUUUCGCGUUUGAUGGAAGAGUUAGAAAGAAUAAUUAUACAACUACCAGAAUAUAAAACACGCAUUUUCAGUGCAUUUAUCACCAUGCUAAAGCGUAUCGGCUGCUGCCAAGUUCGAAAUGUAGCCAGCCUAGCUGGGAAUCUAGUCACUGCAAGAUCAACAUCUGAUUUAUGUACUAUCUUAGUCGGAGCUAAAUGUCAGCUCAGAAUAAAAUCAUUAGACGGAUCAGAGAAGCAAAUUGUUAUUGACGAUACAUUCUUUACUAAUGAUGGAAAAUGUGAAUUAACUUCUCAAGAAAUUUUAACCUCUAUUGUAAUUCCAUUUUCUACCGAGAAUGAAUAUAUGUUUUGUUAUAAACAAUCGCGCCGAUACGAUAAUUCAUUUGCUAUCGUCAAUGCUGGCUUACGUGUAAUUUUGAAUAGAUCUAUUUUCGAUACCCCUGGAUUGGUUAAAGAUUGUACAUUAGCUUACGGGGGUAUGGGAUCAAAGAUAUUGAUAGCAAAGCAGACAUCAUCGGCUUUAAUUGGAAGGGAGUGGAAUUUAGCAAUGCUUGAAGAUGCUAUUGCAUUAAUUGGUGAAGACUUGCCUCUACCAUUCUCUGCCAAAGGUGGUGCUACUGAAUACAGGAAAGUCUUAGCAGCUAGUUUCUUUUUUAAAUUUUUUAUGCAAGUUCUAUCAGAGAUCUCUGCGGAGGAUCCGAAUAUUGAUUCUAGCGUGAAAACUAAUAUUCGUCGCUGUCCUUCCAAAGGAAUUCAAAUUUUCGAAAAAGUCAAUCCUAAACAGGUAAUGGAUGAUGCGUUAAGGCGACCUAUUGUACAUCUCACGGCAUUGCAGCAAACUACCGGAGAAGCACAAUACUUAAUGGAUAUACCUGAAUAUAAGAGUUAUACCAAUACUGUGCCUAUUUGUCGUUACUUGGGGGUGAAUCUAGAUGAAUUACAUGCAAGUAUCGUGUUAAGCGAAAGAGCUCAUGCUAUUAUAGAAUCAAUUAAUUAUGAUGAAGCAAUUUCAUUGCCUGGCGUUCAUGAGUACAUUUCGGCAAAAGAUGUACCUGGAUCAAAUCGAUAUGGAGAAAUGGCAAAUGAUGAAUACAUAUUCUCAAAUGAUAAGGUAACCUCACAUGGUCAAAUGAUUGGAAUGAUUAUAGCUGAAAGUAAAGAAAUUGCCGAUGAAGCGGUUAAGCUUGUUAAAAUAAGUUAUAAAGAUCUACCUGCAAUUCUAACUAUUGAGGAUGCAAUUAAAGAAGAAUCUAUUUUCGAAACAUUUCAUCUAACAAGUGGAAACAUACAGAAUGGAUUUCUCAACUCUCACCACAUUAUUGAGGAUGAAAUCCGAAUGGGCGGUCAGGAGCACUUUUACAUGGAAAAUCAAUGUGUUAUUGUUACACCUAAAGCAGAAGCAAUGGAACUGGAUGUUCAUGUUGCUACCCAGUGUUUAGAUUUGGUGCAAUCAGUUAUUUCAGAAACAUUAGCAAUACCUAUGAACUGUAUAGUUUGCCACAUAAAACGCAUAGGCGGUAGUUUUGGCGGUAAGAAUACUAGGAUAGCUUCCAUAUCCGCUGGUGUAGCCGUAGCUGCUAGAAAAUUGAAAAGGCCAAUCCGAUUGAUGAUUGAUAGACAUGUUGAUAUGGCAAUUAAAGGCAGUAGAGCCCCAUAUUUAGCAAAAUAUAAGGUUGGUUUUAAUAAUGACGGCCAUAUUCAAGCGAUUCAAAUUAGAAUGUACAGCAAUUCUGGAUAUUCUAGAGAUCUUUCGCUAUCGGUUAUGAACUAUUCUAUGAUCAGAUUGUUUGGAUCUUAUAUGAUUGAAAAUUGUGAUUAUAGUGGUUCUAUUUGCCAAACAAAUAUUUCAUCAACUACAGCAUUUAGAGGAUUUGGUGCUCCCCAGGCAAUCUGGAUAACGGAAAAAAUCAUGACCGAAGUAGCCAAUCGUUGUGAAAUAAGCCAGAGAAAAGUUAGAGAAAUGUGCUUGCAUAUCGAUGGUUAUGUUUCUCCAUUUAAUCAAAAGCUAGAGACUUGUCAGAUUCGUAAAGUCUGGGAUGAAUUAAUUCAGAGAAGCGAUUAUGAUAAUCGUAAACAACAAAUCGAAAUAUUUAACAAAAAGAAUCGGUUUAAAAAGCGGGGUAUUGCCAUCAUCCCAAGUUCAUUUGGGAUUGGCUAUCUUGGAUUUAAAUUUAUGGAGCAGGCUGGAGCUUUAAUUCAGGUUUAUACUGAUGGAUCACUUUUACUCUUUCACGGAGGAAUUGAAAUUGGUCAAGGUUUAAAUACAAAACUAGUUCAGAUUUGUUCUCAUAUACUUGGCGUACCUAAAGAGAAGAUUCAUUUAAUUGAAUCUAGUACUGCUGUCAUUCCUAAUGCUACUGAAACUUCUAACUCUUCGGCUACGGAUUUGUAUGGUGCUGCAACAAAAGAUGCUUGUGAAAAAUUAAAGGAGAGACUUGAUCCGAUUCGUGCCACAAUGCCAACAGCAAACUGGGUAGAAUUGAUUAUUGCGGCAUACUACAAUCGUGUAAAUCUAUCGGCUGCAGGAUAUUUCGUAGAACCAAAUCCAAUCACGUUCAGUUUUGAAACUAAAACGGGGCGAGGUAUUAAAUACUAUACUUAUGGAGCAUCUGUUUCCGAAGUUGAAAUUGAUACCUUGACUGGCGAUCAUCAAAAUUUACGAACUGACAUUGUGAUGGAUGUAGGAAAAAGUUUAAAUCCUGCUAUCGAUAUUGGUCAGGUGGAAGGUGGUUUUGUACAAGGUAUUGGUUUAUACACAAUUGAACAAUUAUAUCACACGCCUGAAGGUAUACCACUUAUGAAUAGUCCUGAAAAUUAUAAAAUCCCCACUGCAAGGGAUAUACCAAGAGAAUUUCAAGUUGCUUUGAUUCGUAAUUCGUUUAACGAUAAAGCUAUUUAUUCAUCCAAGGCUAUAGGCGAGCCAACUUUACCGUUAGCAACGUCCGUUUUCUUAGCCAUCCAAAAUGCUGUUCAAGCAUGCCGGCUGGAUCGCAACUUAUCGAAGAGUUUCGAAUUUAAUAGUCCUGCUACAGCAGAACGUAUUAGAAUGGCAUGCCAAGAUAAUAUCAUCAGUAAGGUCCAUAAUUUAUAA